CGCGGCUGGGCCUUGCUGGGGGCGCUCCCGCGGGCGCCGGGAGACCCCCUCGCGUGGUGGGGAUCCGAGCCUGUGCCUGCGCCGGGCUGACCCAGGCCCGGCUUCAGGCUGCAUCACGGAUCACGUGUCUCUUUCAGCGUUUCCUGUGGGCGGGUCUACAUUUUCACCAGGGCGGGGUCAGGCGAGAAUUCUUUCAGGGCAGUGGCCGUUGGGAUUCGAAAAGGGGAAAGCUUUAAAAUACAAACCGUCCCCGUUGCUUGGCGCACGUACACAGGUGAAUAAACAAAAGAGAAAUGAAUGCUAUCUGCAGCCUAAAGAUAGCUGGUAGGAACUGCAUUUUAUUUCGCUUAACUUCUUUGGCCAGUCAUCAAACAAAGUGCAAUAAUCUUUAUAGGUCUUCAGUUGAAGCUUUGAAUGGACAUCGCCAGAUUCAAAGAAGUCACAUAGUGGAUAAAUGGAAGCGACUAGAUAUAAGUAGCAACACCAGCUAUUGUUUUAUGAUUGGAAGCUCUAACUUCUACAGAAAAUUUAUUAAUAAAAGCCAAAGAUGUUUUUUGAAUGCCAAGAAUAUAGAAGAGUGCACAAACAUACUCAGUAGCUGUAGAAGUCCUUGUUUCCUAACCUCUCAGCCGUUAGUGGAAGAGCUUGCAUUAUUUCAAAGUCUUGCUCCAGUUCAGUCCCCAAAUCGCGUUCCUGCUUGGGAUGUUCAGAUCAUCAGGCUUUUUCACACAUCAUCAUCAUUUCAGGCUGCUCCAGUGCCUCUAUUGUGGAUUAUUCUUAAACCGGCUCAGAAGCUAUUUGCUAUCAUUCUUGGAAGGAGCAUCAGAAAAUGGUGGAAGGCACUGCCUCCUAACAAACGGGAACUUUUUAAAGAAAGUGCAAGAAAAAACAAAUGGAAGAUAGUUGUGGGUCUGUGUAGCUUUGUGGUUUUAUUUAUUAUGUUUUAUUUUACUCACUUGGAGGAGACACCAAUCACUGGGCGUGCUCGACUGUUGGUAUUUGGGAAGGAACAUUUUAGGGAAUUGUCCCAGAUGGAGUAUGAUAUGUGGAUGGAACAGUUUAAAAAUGAGAUGUUAUCUGAGACAGACCCUCGCUAUCAGGUAGUGAAAAAAGUUAUUGGUCAUCUAUCUGAAAGCAACCAGGACGUCCCGCAGGUCUCGGAGUUCAAGUGGGUUAUCCAUGUGGUGGAAGAACCAGGCAUAAAUGCUUUUGUGCUUCCAAAUGGACAAGUAUUUGUUUUCACUGGUUUGCUAAAUGCGGUGUCAGAUAUUCACCAGCUCUCUUUCAUUUUGGGCCAUGAAAUAGCUCAUGCUGUAUUGGGACAUGCAGCAGAGAAAGCCAGUCUGGUACAUUUCUUGGAUUUCCUGUCGCUUAUCUUGCUCACUAUGAUUUGGGCAGUCUGUCCUCGAGAUAGUUUGGCAGUUGUAGGCCAGUGGAUCCAGACCAAGUUGCAGGAGUUUUUAUUUGAUAGGCCAUAUAACAGGACACUGGAGGCUGAAGCUGACAAAGUUGGACUUCAGUUUGCUGCAAAGGCUUGUGUGGAUGUAAGAGCAAGCACUGUGUUUUGGCAGCAGAUGGAAUUAGUAGAGACCAUUCAAGGGCAGCGUAAAUUACCAGAAUGGCUCUCCACACACCCUUCUCAUGAAAACAGAGCUGAACACUUGGACCGGCUUAUACCAGAGGCGCUUAAAAUAAGAGAGAGCUGCAAUUGCCCCUCUCUUCCUGGACCAGACCCUCGCCUCAUUUUCAAACUUAACAUGCAGCAUCUUCUGGAAGCAUCUAAGGAUAAAGAAGGCCAGAAUGCUACUGAGCAUGAUCUUGCAAAGCCAAAAGUGGACUUUCCUUCUGCUCAAAAGGAGGAAAAGAUUCCAAUAAAUUUUGCAGUUAAAAAGGAACCGACAAACUGAAGGGAAAAACAUUCACCUGAAAAACUUUACAAACAGUUCACUGAACAGAUUUUUUUCCUGCAAGACUUUUGAUCCUUUUGGGAUGAUAAAAUGGACAGACAGCUACAAAUCAUGUUUGUACUUCCAUGGAGCCGAAAAUCAAUUGUAGGAAACUUAUUUCUCUGUAUCACAAUGUAGAUCAAGCCACCAGUAUUCUGUGUUCCCAAACUUGUGGUGAUCUCCCAGUCAGAGCAAUGAGGAACUCUCCCCACAUACAAGAGAGCAUGUAUUGGAGUUGAGACUUUUAUUCAAGAAGGGAUGCUAAACAUAAAUCACUUCAGUUGUGGGGCAAAAAUCUCUGUACAAUCCAUUCGCACAAAUAGAAAAGAAGCAAUAAAAUGGCCUAAUUGGAUGGUUUUCUGCUGGGAUUUUUCUUAUUUAAUAUCUUUUAAAGGCACUUUAGAAUACGGGUUGUUUCACCAUUUCACUUCAAAGCAAUCCAAAAGGUUUGUGCAGAAUUGUAUUGAAAAGUGAAGUCAGAAAAUAUGCAAGGGAAUCUUUUUCCUUUUAAAAAUAGUAAGAACUGUCACUUGUAGCACUGGGCUAUUUUGCAAGUGAUUGCUUAAAAUGGUGUCUCUUUAAACAAUCAAGAUGCUUCUUCAAAGGCCAGAUUCGUUUUAGAGGCAGCUGGUCUGGACAGAUCAGCGCUUGAAUAUUAGUGAUUGGUACUCUAUAAAUUAAGUGGUCAAAUCCUAUGAAACUUCUAAGCUAUACAGAGGAUGCACCUUUGAAAGUUUAUUUCUCCUUAGGAAACUGCUAUCUAAUGCUAGUUUAGAAGUCUGUCUCUCAAGUUUGUCCCUCGUACUGGGGAGAUGAUUACUAGGAGUUGCUGGGGGAAGAAUGGAUGAUGAGUGCAGUUCCCAGUGCAAGGCCUUGUUUGGAGUUGAUCAGGUAAAGAAGGAGAUGCCACCAAAAUGAAGUUUGGGAAAGUAUGAGGCUAUGCCUCUGCCCCAUUGUACAGGGAGCUUCUCAGAUUGAAUAGAGGAAUGUGACCUCCCCUCAUUGGCUAACCUACUUGGGCGUCCCUAAUGUCAAACUUGAUUUGAGGAGCCCCUCAUCAGGGUUUAUAUAGGUGGAAGGCAGAAGAUUUCUCUGUUGCUUCAACUCAUGUAAGUUUGGGGAGCCAAUCUUCCUUCGUUUCCUUGCCAGCCUGGGAGUUAAACUAGCAGGCUGUGCAGCCUCAUUUGAUGAGGUUAGGAAAAAGUCCAGAAUCAGAUAGAGCAUUGUAAUUUGACGCUAAGAAUCCCCUCCCCAAGAAGCUCCCUGCUACAAAUUUAUUUUUUCUUUGUUCUUUGAUGAUGGACUGACCUUUCCUCCCUUUAGCUAGGCCUUCCAUGAAGCACAGCCAGCACAUCAUGUUUAUUUUCAGCUGGUUGAUAGGCUCUUGCUUUCCAAUUCAUGAAAAUAUAGUGUGCUAAUCUUACUGAACUAAAAGAAUGAUACAGUGAACAGAAGAGGAAGAAAUCCCUUUCUUUUACUGAUUGAAAUGUAUGAUCUAACUAUAUGUAUUGUUUUGUAUCAUUUUUUAUUAAAGUUCAAGAAGAAAAUUACUGAUGCUUUCCUAUGUGGUAAGUGGGAAAACUGCAGGAUUUUAUUAGGAUGUUUGACAAUGUGCAUCAUAUCAUGGUACAGAUAGAAUUUGAAUGUUCUUGUUUAUAAUAAAGGGGAGAACUGAAAUUUUAGAAUGUACCACACAAAGCACAAUUUCUUUUAGUUUCGUUGGAACGCAAACUUUUUUGAAAAGACCGUAUUCAGCACUGGUUGUAAGCACAGAGUCUGAUAAAGAGUUUGUGAACAAUAGUUUAUUUGCUGACUUAACCCAAAGCACUUGGGUCCUUUGAGCCAUCUAACAUCUCUGUUUGGGGGUGAAGGGGAUAUAUGGGCAAGGUUGACUGCGCUGAUGUUUUCUAGGCCAGAUUAUGUAUUUUUAGAUUGACUGCAUAUUACUUGCAAGCUAUUUUUAAAUUUGUAUGCAAGACGCCACUGGCAACAGGCAGAAGGUCCAGCCUGACCAUUAUCCAUCCAUCCAUCCAUUUUUAUUCUUUGUGACAGGAGUUUAUGUAACAGAUGUUCAGCAAUGUGUUAAGGCAUUUGGACAUUGUCAUCUGAAGGUAAACAGAAAAACACACCAUUUAGAUUUCCCUGUGGAUUUUAUAACUUAAACUGUAUAGUCAAGACCCCUAUGCUUUUUCCCUCCCACCACAGUGUCAAAGCUUAUUUUGUUAUCCAGUCCUUCUGAUUGACAUACAACAUGAUUUUAUGUCAAGGAAGAUGAGGGAGAACCUAGAGAACUUUUUUAUAGAGUUCAUACAUUUAUAUUUAAAAAUGCAUAGUAAAUAAGCUACAGAACUAUCGUAUUUCUACUUUAUUGGUCCAUUUUAGGUGGCUUAAGUGUUAUGUUGGUGAAUGUUUGAGAUACAAAUUCUGGUAUUCAAUAGGUAAGAGUUCUUUAAAUUCCUGUGUAUAAAUGCCUUGCUUAUCAUAAAAAGAUGAGCCUGAACCAGCAUCUGAAGUCGAGGUGUUCAAAAUCUACAUCUGUAUUUUGCACAUUGAUCCUAUUCUAAUACUUUGUCAAGUGCUUUUAAAAGAUUUCUUCAUUUUUGCAUAAAGAAUUAGGAUGUCCAAAGCCUGUGUCUCUUGAGUCUGCCUCUUGUUUGCCUCGUGUCUAAGUGCUUUCUAAAACCUAUACACUGCAUUUGCCUAAACCCCUGUAGAAUUUUUGUUUAAAUUUAAAAUACUUUCUUGCCCAUACAAAAAUAGAUGAAAUUAAAAGAUGUUGUUUUCCAAAGGUCCAAGAGCCUUGAGCAAAAUCUACACUGGCCCUUUUUCUUUUAUUUGUUAAAGAAACUGUAAUUCUAAAUCCCUGUGGAGUUAAUUUUAAAAUAUACUUCCACUAAGGAAAAUAUUGCAAGUACCAAUUUCUAACUAGCUGUAAAACCCUUGUGCUGCAAUUGGAUAGUUUAGUAGACUUCAGUGAAAGAAAGAA